CGCACAGAGCGUGCUGCUCAAGAGCCAGUGGUUUCCGUUUUGUUUCCUGAUUAUUUCUAGUGCUCGGCCAGGCGGGGGUUUUCAGCGCAGCGCUCUGGAGAAACGUGGAAUUUGGCUGUACGGUGCUUUCAACCUUUAGCCUCGGGAAACGGUGACAGCUUUUCAUACAUCUGCCUGCGUUGUAAUCAAAAGCGGCCAGCUGUGUAGCAAUGGAAGCUGAACAGAAUCAGGAAGUUCCAGAGGCUGUUGCAGAGACGCAGGAAGUGGCAGUGCAGCAAGAGGAGAAACUGGAGCCCAAGUCUGGAGAGGUGGCUCCAGCACCUUCAGAAGCAGCAGGUCCUCCAGAAGCGGCCUCUGAGAUGGAGCAUUCUGCUGAGAAGUUGCCAGAAAAGGAGAAAGCGACAGAAUCGGAAGCGCCUCCUGCCAAACUAUCUGAACCCGAGCUGGCUCCAGCGAAAUCUCCCGAGGAAACCCCAGCUGUCGAGUCAUCGGAGAAACUCCCUCAGCCAGAACAGAAGAAGGAAUCUGAGGAGCCACAGGUUCAAGUGAAUUCUGUACCCGAGAAGCAGGAGGAAGAAGCUGUGAAAGAGGAGGAGCCUGCCAAAGAGGCAGAGUCCAAACCCGCUGCUGUGGAAGAAGCCAAGCUAGAAGAAGCCGCUAAAGAAGGAGGAGAGGAUAAGGUACCACAACCAGAGGCUGAUGGGGUUCAAGCCGAGCCUCCAAAAGAGGCUGAGACCCAGCAGAAAGAGCCAGAGCUGCCUUUCUUCUUUGGCUGGUUCCUGCUUCCAGAGGAAGAGGAGCGAAUUAAGUGUGCAACCAUGGACUUUCUCAAGACUCUGGACACAUUGGAGGCCUUCAAAGAACACAUCAGUGAAUUUACUGGUGAGGCAGAAAAAGAGGUGGAUCUUGAGCAGUACUUCCAGAAUGCACUGCCCCUCCACUGCACUACAAAGUUCUGCGACUAUGGCAAAGCAGAGGGGGCAAAAGAGUAUGCAGAGCUACAGGUGGUCAAAGAAUCGUUUGGCAAGGCUGAUGAGCUCUCAGUCACUGCCCUCAUAGUGACCCCUCGUACAUUUGGGGCCCGUGUGGCUUUGACAGAAACCCAGAUGAAGCUGUGGCCCGAGGGAGCGGACAAGGAUGGCGUUGCUCCGGCCCUCAUGCCCAGCGUUGAGUCUCUCCCAGGGGGUAGUCGUGCCCACGUCACAUUAGGCUGCUCUGCCGGCGUGGAGUCGGUUCAGACCGGUUUGGAUCUGCUGGAUAUCCUGGCUCUGCAGAAAGAGGGCAAGGAGGGCACCCAGGUCGAGAUGGAGUUGGGCACUUUGUCCUACCUGAGCGAGGGCCGUUGGUUCCUUGCCCUGAGGGAACCGAUUACCGCAGACACCAUCUACUCUAGCUUCUCUGAAGAUAAGCCUACCAGUGACCAGGCCAAAAAGGAUGGAGAGAAGAAAAAGAAAAAGUGUACCAUCCUGUGAGUGGAAAGCAAGGAGGAGAAGAGAGGGGAAAGAAGACAUUUUUCCUAAGGGCUCUGGCCCUCGGUUGGCUGAGGAUGAUGUUGUGUUUUUGCAUGUGUGUAGGUGGAUUGCGUGUAUGUUUCGCAGCUUUAGUGUGUGCACAGGGAUGGCUUGGGGUGAUUUGGCAGGCAGCGUGAGACGCCAAAGCGGCCUGCUGGCUCCCGGGUUUCUCUUAGCUGGUGCCUUUUUUUGCUUUUUCCUGGCAACACAAGCUCAGAGGCCUUAGUAUCUGCCUUAAGGUCAUGGUUCACUUUGCUUUAGGAGCUAGUUCACACGGCUGAUUGGCCGCCACACCAUCCCCGUUCCCUUUACACGGGUACAUUCACGAUUGGUCUUCCUUACACGUGACCCAUGUAGAACACUUAGAUUUAGCACAACUUUACUGAUUUGUACUCUGUCCAAGCUCUCCGUUCUUGUUGGUUAGUCCAGAAACAAGGUUCGAACUGCCUUCAAAUUCAGUUUGAGGCUGUUUUGCUGUAUUUUAGAAGAUUUUCAUUCUAAAUUUACAUUUAGAUGUUCUAUUUCAGGAAAUAAAGAGCAUUUUGAUCUUUCAACAGAGGGUGUCUUGGUAUUGAGUAUAAAUCUGUUCGAUUAGUAUGUGAUUCUUUGGCGUCCCUCUCUUCUGCCUUUGCAGAAUGAAUUCUUGGAAAGGAUCAGCUCCACACAGUUGUUAUUCUCACUCCUCUGAUAGUGAUCAGGUGUGUGUGUGUGUGCGCCUUUUGCAAAAAAAAAACCAACCCACUUUAUUCUUCCGUUCAAUCAUGUAAUAUUUACAAAGAUUUUUCUUUUUAUCCAGUAAGACUACAUACUCUCUGUGACAUUUCUAUGCUAAAGUGUUUGUCUGUCCCCGUGAACAUUCUCCUAAACUGUCUUACCGUUUACACAGUGUUGGUCAAACCAUCGGAGACCUCUUUUGAAUUUACAGCCCAUGACGUUGGAUAAGACAUGCCUGUACUUCUCUUUAUUAUAGCUGUAUAGUCAGCUCUUUCAUAAAUCCAGUAUAUUCACGUUAUAGUAAAUUAUCUCACUCUCGCUCAGUCUCUUUCUCUCUCUCUCGUUUUGAAAAAAAUGUGCACUCUAAAUAAAUACUGUGACAAGCAUCUGUCUCGUGCCUUCCUCUCUUGUAGGUUUCUAGAUGGCCGAAGCCAUGUUUCUCGUAGUCUCUUUCAAGGCACAAUUUUUGCACUUACCUUGUUUUUCAUUUGUUUUUGUACACUUAAUAAAGAAUGUGCUUGGCUCUGA